AUGGCGUCGCGAUUGGCAAAGGGCGCAUUGAGCGCCGCUCGCGUUCGUCCGACCCUCCCUAUCCGCAAUACUCUCCCAGCCGUCACCACCUUCGCGACCUCUACUCCUCGUCAGCAGACCGGUGUUCCCCAGAAGGACCCAAAGAGUGCCGCCAACUCCAUCCUCGAUGCGCUCCCUGGCAACAGCAUUGCCUCCAAGACCGCCAUUCUCUCUGCCGGAGCCGGUCUCUCAGUGGCUGCUAUUAGCAACGAGCUCUACGUCGUCAACGAGGAGUCAAUCGUCGCACUCUCCCUCCUGACCAUCUACUGGGCAGUCUACACAUAUGCCGGCCCAAUGUACAAGGAGUUUGCCCAGGGUCAGCAUGACAAGAUGAAGAACAUUCUCAACGCUGCCCGGGAGGACCACACCAGCGCUGUCAAGGCCCGUAUCAACAGCGUUGAGGAUCUCAGCGGUGUCAUUGAUGUCACCAAGAACCUUUUCGCCGAGACUGCUCAACUCGAGGCCCAGGCCUACGAGAUGGAGCAGAAGGCUGCCCUUGCUUCCGAAGCCAAGUCUGUUCUCGACUCAUGGGUCCGUUACGAGGGUCAGGUCAAGGCCAGACAGCAGAAGGAGUUGGCCGACUCCAUCAUUGCCAAGAUCGACAAGCAGCUCUCGGACCCCAAGGUUCUUGACCAGAUCCUCAAGCAGAGCGUUUCUGACGUGGAGCGCAUUGUCUCUCAGAAGUCAUCGUAG